UCUAAACCUAUUUUUCCGCUUCUUCUACGUGUCACUCCUCAACCUGUCGCGCCUCACCCCCCUCCGCCGCUUCUUCGCCACCAUGUCCAGCUCCGGCCACAUUGCUGCGUCCGUCGUCGACCGGCCCCUCGUCGUCUGCGGCCCCAGCGGCACCGGCAAGUCGACCCUCCUCAAGGCCCUUUUUGCCAAGUACCCCGGCGAGUUCGGCUUCUCGGUGUCGCACACGACGCGUCAGCCGCGCGCCGGCGAGGUCCCGGGGAAGGACUACCACUACGUUUCCAAGGAGGAGUUCAUGCGCCGCGUCGAAAACGACGAGUUCCUCGAGUGGGCCCAGUUCGGAGGUAACUGCUACGGCACGACGUUCGCCGCGCUCCGCCAGCUCUCGCCGCUCCGCUGCGUCCUCGAUAUCGACCUGCAGGGUGUCAAACAGCUGCAGGUCAAGGCGCCGAGCCAGAACCUCGAGCCCGUGUUCCUGUUCCUGUCGCCGCCGUCGGUGCCCGAGUUGCGCGAGCGCCUCGUCGGCCGCGGCACCGAGACGGACGACAGCCUGCGCAAGCGCUUGGACGCUGCUGUCGCGGAGAUCGAGCACGCGAUCACCGGCGCGCACGACAUCGUCAUCGUGAACGACGACGUCGAGCGUGCCGGCCAGGCGCUCGAGGCUAUCGCGCUCGGCACACCGGGGUGGGAGAAGAUCGGGGACAAGCUGCCUGCGCUGGACGUCGCCCAGCUCCGCGGUUAAUAGACUAGAUAUGGACGCUUGCUUCGGGAACUUGAUAAGGGCGCAGGAGCAAAGAAUGCCUGAUAAUGAUACAUUGCAG